UUCUUAUCACAUCCAGAUUGAAGAGGAGAUUAAAAAACAGACAGAUAAAAGAUGAGUGUGAGCCGUAUGAGUCGAUACAGCAUUGUAUCGUCAGAGGAAGAUGCUUUGCGCCUGACCACGAUCCAUGGCAGCAGUGGAAUUAAUGGCUACGGCAACGGGAAUGCAAAGAUACACACACGUAGGAAAUGCCGUAACCGCUUUGUGAAGAAGAAUGGGCAGUGCAAUGUCCACUUCACCAACAUGGAGCAGAAAUCACAGCGCUACCUGGCCGACAUCUUCACCACCUGUGUGGACAUCCGCUGGCGCUACAUGCUGAUCGUGUUCACGCUUGUGUUUGUGCUGUCAUGGCUGGCAUUUGGUUUAGCAUUUUGGGUAAUUGCGCUGCUCCAUGGUGACCUGGACAACCCAGCUGGGGAUGACAGCUUCACACCAUGUGUCCUGCAUGUAAAUGGCUUCUUGGCAGCAUUUCUGUUUUCUAUCGAGACUCAGACUACCAUUGGUUAUGGUUUCCGUUGUGUGACAGAGGAGUGUCCGGUCGCCAUCUUCCUUGUGGUCUUCCAGUCAAUUGUGGGCAGUAUUAUCGAGUGCUUCAUGAUUGGCGCCAUUAUGGCAAAAAUGGCACGACCAAAAAAGCGUACGCAGACUCUACUGUUCUCCAAAAAUGCUGUCAUUGCCAUGAGGGAUGGGAAGCUCUGCCUCAUGUGGCGGGUUGGGAACCUUCGCAGGAGCCACAUCGUUGAGGCUCACGUCCGAGCAUUGUUAAUCAAACCACGUGUGACUGCCGAGGGAGAGUACAUCCCGCUAGACCAGCUGGAUAUUAACGUUGGGUUUGAUCAAGGGCUUGAUAGGAUCUUCUUGGUCUCACCGAUCACCAUUUUGCACGAGAUUGAUGAGGAGAGUCCGCUGUAUGGGAUCAGCAAGCAGGAUAUGGAGACGGCAGACUUUGAGAUCGUGGUGAUCCUCGAGGGGAUGGUGGAGGCCACAGCCAUGACAGCACAGGCUCGGAGCUCAUACUUGGCAAGUGAGAUCCUGUGGGGCCACCGAUUUGAGCCGGUGCUUUUCGAAGAGAAGAAUGAAUACAAGGUGGACUACUCGCACUUCCACAAGACAUAUGAGGUCCCAUCUACGCCGCGCUGCAGCGCUAAAGACAUGCUUGAGAGCAAGUGCCUGUCUGUUGCAGACAACACCUCCACGUUCUGCUACGAGAAUGAGCUGGCGCUGCUCAACCGUGAUGAGGAGGACGAGGAGGAAUGCACCCAGAGAGAGAGGCAAGACUUUGAACAGAUGUCUCGGAGCCUCGAGCAAAGGUCAUACCGACGCGAGUCUGAGAUUUAA